UGUGAUUCUAUUUUGCCUAUUUUCACUUCUAAAAUUCCAUAAAUUUCAAAGGAGAAAUAUAAGCGGAAAAAAAAUUGUUGGUGAACUAAGCGCAAGCGCAACACUGAGUGUUUGGAAUUGGUUAAAAACUUUAGAGUGUAGAGUAUAUAUUUUUGCAGUAAGUAUUCUAUACUGAAAAAGUGAAGCAGCCGAUAUAAAGAGAGAGAAUGUGACCUGGUCUUUCUGUUUCUGUCAAUCCUUUAUGAAUCCACACGAAGCGAGGAAGAGAGAGGAAGACAGAGACGAUUCGUUUUCUUUUUUAGCCGACAGUGCGCACAGCGCCAUUUGAAUGCUUACUUUACGAGUAUAUAGGUAUAUAUUCUAAGGUUGAAACUGAUAACUAGGGAAGAACGGUUAAAGAGAACGGGGAAUUUUAACAACUUCGAAAUUUUUUAGUUAUCUCUAAUUUCGUACAAAUUGAAUAAAAAAGUAAUUAUAUAUCGAAAAAAUGAGAUCAAUGUGGAAUAGAUGAACGUAAUAAAAUAGUAAAAAAAAAUGUAACGUAACAUGCAUCAUAUAAAAGUGGUAGUUCGAUACUUUGCUAGCAAUUGUAAGUUACCGAGAAUUGAGUUGAUUCGUCCCGCCAUUUUGAACUAAACUGUGCUUGAUCGUUGCUAGAUAUUCUGUUCAAGGAGGGAACUGUCAGUAUACGUACACAUACACGAAUGAACUUGUAUUACGCAUUCUUUUCUACUUUCGAACUUCAACCCAACAGAACAUGGUUUAUAUUUUAGAUUAAAAUGUUUUCCUUAUUACUGUUUACAGCGUAUCUAUCCGCUCACAUAGCGAAUGAACUAAUGCAGAAGGCGUAUGUAGAUUACACGUUUAAAUCUGCAUUCAUUUUAAAUUUCUUCCAAUUGUUAACAAACAUUACGAAAGUGAUACAAGUUGUCGGUUGUGUACCAUUUAUGUUCUAAAAUAACCUAAUCUAACCGAGAAGAUACUGUGAAAAUUAUAUUUCAUAUUUUAUUUCAUAUUUCAUAUGAAUUAAGAAUUGUGAAGUACUGGCCAGGAGCGUUUUUAACCAAGUGGAUAGGGGACGAGAAAGGUCGUUUCAUCGUUUUAAAAAGUAUUUAACAGGUAUUCGAUUGUUGAUUACAGACGCACCUUUCUCAGUAUACAUUUAAAAAUCAUAUAGUUUCAUGAUUUUUCUUCCGUGUUUUAUGCAAACAUGCAUAUUCAUAUACCUAUGAUUGCACAUAUUUUGAGUUAAAGAUAACGUACAAUAUAAUUCUUGUUAUUUAAGGAAAUGUUUUUGUACACAGAUUAAGUGUAAAAGUUUCAUACAAUUUUGCAAGGAACUGUAUAUUUUGAAUAUAAUGCAUAUAGACAGUUUUGAAAAUAUGAGAUACUCUACGUUAGAAGAACAAGAAUACGGAGUACGUUCGUCUCAAAAUCGAAUAUCUGACGAAACGGAUGAAAUCAUAAUGAUCGACACCGAUAAUGUAGAAUCGAAAAACGAUAGCCCUUUAGAGGAGGGUUCUGUCGUAUCUAAUCUUCCUCUUUUGUUCGCGAAUGGAUAUCCAACAUCUUUGGAAAGGAUCACUUUGGCACAGUUGGAACGUUUUGUAACAUUCAUGGUUCAGUGUUCGUUAGGCCACGAUACGACAGAGGCGAUCACCGAACCGCAGUGGUGGCCCAAAGAAGUGAAAUUUUCUAAUCCUUUAAUGAGACCUAACAGAGUGAACGAAAAUUGGAUGGCUAAUUUAAAGAAAUUAGUAUUUAGAUGCUACACGUACCACAGGAGCGAGUAUAUUUUAAGGUUUUGUUCAUAUCUCGCACGGUAUCCGCGCGAAGAUUUAGAAUACGUUAGCAAUUGGGACUCGACGACGAGUCUUUACCAUAAAAAUACCGGAAAAUUAUUAGUAACAUUUCGUAAUGAAAAUAUGAACUAUGAUAAAAGGGAUGUAAGUCCACGAAAGAAAUUACUAUCUUGCGGUGGAGUUGCUCCUUGCUAUUCUAAUAAAUUGAAACAACAAGAGCAUUCCAUUACGAUGGUUGAACCGCCGAUCGAGGAUAUCUAUUUAUGUGAUAAUUGUGAUGCUGAAUUUAUAGGUCUAGAAAAAAUGAAGGAACAUGAACGCGUGUGUUACGAACGAGACCAUAGAAGACGCAAUUUACGAUCCAUAACGCCAGAUGCACCGACUCCCAAGCCUGAAUUAAGACAAGACCAGUUCUUGGAGUAUUUUCGAUUAUGUUCGAUAGAUACGAAAACAAAAACGAUCGAAAGAAACGACAGUGUUACGGUUGAUGAUAGUAUCGUUAGACGAACUUCCCGUCGUGUUCGUGGAUCUAUCAGUUUCACAAGAUGUCCAACUAUUCCUUUUUCUUCGCCUGCCGGUAUGUUAUUAGCGAAGAGAUCGAAAACGAUGACGGAAGAAACGCAGAAAGAAAGACUAGAGAGGAUAGAGAGACAUCUUAUUGCACCUGUUUUAAAUAAUUCAUCUAGACCAAAAUGGUUGGAAGCGGAAAUUGAUCGUGAUAGAUGGAUCGUUACUCAUAAACCAAAUCGAGAACAUAAUCAUGUACAUGAAUACAAAUUUGUAAAUUCUGUUAAAAGAAAACCAAUGUUGAGUAUAAAAUCGCAAUUAUUGUACGUUGUUUGUCGACCUGUUUAUGUUGUUCUGACACGCCUGUCUCAAAAACAAAUAAACGAUUUCGAACAAGAUCCAUCCAAAUAUCGAUGUUCUGUGCGAGAUGUUUCAGUCGAUACGCAAAGAAACAAAAUCAAGAAAGAAUAAGACCAAAUAUAUUUCUUCGAACCGUAAACUACAAUCGAUGAAAAUGAUUGAUUCGUGUCUGUUAGAGGAAAAUGAAGAGGUAGUUAACAGGGAGACAAGAGUUGGAAACAUGAUUCGUUUAAAAACUGCAAAUCCUUACGAUAAAAAUAUUGCGACUGUUAAACGGAAUUAAGAAACAGUUUCCCGCGUAAUAUUCACAGACACUGUUAUGGUAAUUGACCUAAGGAUGUAAAUUUGAGUAUCCGUGUGUUCUCGGAUGAAGAUAAAAGAUACAAAUAAUUGUAUUUCCGAGCAUGUGAUAAAAUCAAUAUUACAGAAACUUACUUCGACUAAGUCUCGCUUAAAAUCUUGUGUUAUUUCGACGAAAUAGAGAUGAUCGAAUUACCUUUUAAACGACAGUAAUAAAAAUUGCGUGUACACAGAUAUCGCAUUACAAUCCUGGACACGAGUACGAAUUUGUCCACGAUUAUUUUGUCAGCACCAAUGAAUGAUACUAGUUUGGUGCAUAAUAUUCAUUACUUAUACGUUACAUUUGUUAUAAUAUUUAUUAAUUUUAUUUCAUACAAUUUUUCGAACAUUUAAAAAUUGACGCGAUCUAAUGAUUUACAAUGCAUUAUAGCUCGUUAAAAAGAAUUCUUAGUGAUAUUUGUAAUAUAAUGAAUCAAUCAAAUCUAAAUAUUUUUAAUUGGUGCAUUUAUCGUACAGCAAAAAGUCAUAUGCACUUUUUAUGCGCCGUAUGUUAUAUACAUAUAUAUAUAUAUAUA